AUGGUUCGCAUCACUUCCAUCUUCGCUGGGCUGUCGCUCGUAGCUGGUUCUAUCGCUGCCCCCUCUCCUGAAGGCAUGUUCUCCACGCUUGCCAAGCGAGGUGGUACCCCCAACAGCUCGGGCAUGAACAAUGGCUUCUUCUACUCUUGGUGGUCUGAUGGUGGUGCCGAGGCCACUUAUGAGAACGGCGCUGGCGGCUCUUACAGCAUGUCUUGGCAGACUGGUGGCAACGUCGUCGGUGGAAAGGGUUGGAGCCCUGGAAAGGCUCGGUAG